AUGGUAAUAUGUAUAGAAACCGACGAAAACAAUAUUCCUCAAAUACAACUCGGACAGCACUUACUGAGAUUAGAUGCCGAAGAACUUGGACCCAAAGACAAGAAGAGAGCAGAAGAGGAAAUUAGGGAAACGCCAGAAAAUGUUAGAUAUGGAUUAACAAAACUUAGAGAAUUUAUUGAAGCGGAACCAGACUUUUAUGUACCUUUAGACGACGACAAUUAUUUAAUUAAAUUCCUAAGGCCUUGUAGAUAUAUACCAGAAAAUGCCUUUAAAAUAAUGAAAAGGUUUUACUAUUUUAAAGUAAAAUACCCAAAAUACGGUUUUGAUAUCACGCCAGCAUCAAUAAGACAAGUAUUUGACACAGAAGUAUUUAAGUUUUUACCAACUCGGACAUCGACUGGUUGUAGAAUUAUGACAAUCAGUGUAGCUAACUGGGAUACCAAGAAGGUAACCAUGGAAGAACUGUUUAAGGCUGUAAUGGUAAGCAUGGAGAUUGCCAUGCUGGAGCCGAAAACGCAGUUAGGGGGCGUUCAUGUGAUUUUAGAUACCGGAGGUUUGUCGCUAAUGCAUAUUUACCAAUUUUCUCCCUCCUUAGCAAAAAUCAUGUUAGAAUGGAUUCAGGAAUGUGUGGCAGUACGAUUAAAAGGAAUCCAUAUUCUUAAUCAACCUCUUAUAUUCAACAUGGGUUACAAAAUAUUUAAACCAUUUUUAGGCGAGAGAAUAAAAAAACUGUUAUUUUUUCAUGGACAAAACCGACAAGUUCUGCUAGAGCACAUUUCACCCGAGGCUCUAACACCACAAUACGGUGGAACUGCAGAUGUUCCAGAUUAUCCCGGUACUUUAUUCUCGGAUAUGCUGUUUUAUUACGAAGAAGACUUUCAAUUAUACAACACAUACGGUUAUAAAUCAGCUCAGAAGAAAAUAGAACAAUAG